ACAUCUUUACUCUGAGAGUUUACUGCAUGCAUGUUGAUUUAGCGGUUGGUUGUCUGGUGGUUUUUAGUGGAAAAUUUAACAAAUUCUGAACCUGCAAGUGAAUGUCUCAUUUGGUGCCAAUUCUUUAAAUAUUUGGUGUCAGUCUAUAGAAGACGCUGUAGCUCUGAAAAUAUGUAAAUGUUAUUUAUAACAACUAAAUUUUAAGCAUGUAGUUUGAAAAUAGGUUCGCGAACGCCGGAUUGUGAAAGUCCACGUAAGAAGUAAAUGCACGUCACCAAUUAUAAUUAAAUGUCUUUGACGAAAGCAUUUCAUCGGCGUGCUUGCAAUUUGGCGGCAAAAUUCGAUUGGACCUAUGAGGAUCUGCGGCUGGCAAUCAAGAUUGUUGCCUUAAUUACUUUGCGGUCAAUUCAUAAACCUUUUAUCGUAAACAAUUGGGAUCUAUUGUUAUCAGUAACACAUAUUAUCUUUGUCCUUGACCAGCAGUGAUGGAGCAGCAUUUACUUAUUGCACAACGCUAAGAAGAUGACCAUUUCGAACUUCGUCAUGAUGUUGAUUUAUUGCCUAAUUUUGUACCUGAUUCUCCCUUGUAGGGCUGAUAAUUUUCAGGCUACUUUAGGACAUCUUGUUCCGCGAGCUAAUGCAGAAAUACAAUCAAAUGGAGCAUUUGGGGUUAUACAGCGCCUCAUUCCAGAGAAGGCACACCUUUUCAAUGUUACGGUGGAUCCCAGUAUUGGCCCUGUUGCAAGGGAUACAUUUAAGGUAAUAAAAGAAAGUGACAGUGAAAUUGUUCAUAUAAUUGGAACUAGUGGUGUAGCUGCAGCAUGGGGCUUUCAUCAUUAUCUGAAAUAUUACUGUGGAUGCCAUGUGUCGUGGGAAGCAACACAACUGAACCUGCCACAAUCAUUGCCAGAAGUAAACAUAACUAUUACAUCCCGUGAUAGGUUUCGGUAUUAUCAAAAUGUCUGCACUACAAGCUACAGUUUUGUCUGGUGGGACUGGGCACGAUGGGAGAAAGAAAUUGAUUGGAUGGCCAUGAACAGCAUUAAUUUGGCUCUUGCAUUCAAUGGUCAGGAAGCUAUAUGGCUGCAAGUGUAUAAGAGGCUGAAUAUGACUGCUGACGAAAUUGAUGAACAUUUUACAGGGCCUGCUUUUUUUGCCUGGAAUCGUAUGGGGAACAUGCGUGGCUGGGCAGGUCCUUUGUCAGACUCGUGGCACAAUCAGCAAGCAGUUCUUCAGCGCAGGAUCCUGGACCGCAUGCGAGAACUGGGAAUUAUUCCUGUCUUACCAGCAUUUGCAGGACAUGUUCCCAGAGCUUUUGAACGAUUAUUUCCAGAUGUGAAUAUGACUAUGAUGAAGAAAUGGAACAACUUCCCUGAAGAAUAUUGCUGUCCAUACCUGUUGGACCCUACUGACACUUUAUACCAAACAGUUGGAAGAAUGUUUAUCUCAGAGCUAAUUGCCCAAUAUGGAACUGAUCACAUUUACAAUUGUGAUACUUUCAAUGAGAUGGAGCCUAAUUCUGGAGACUUGGACUAUCUUUCUGCUGUCAGUGCUGCUACUUUUGAAGCACUAACCUCUGUUGAUCCAAAAGCUGUCUGGAUGCUUCAAGGAUGGCUUUUUCGUGAUGCAUUUUGGACAGUGGAAAGAGCACAGGCAUAUCUUACUGCUGUCCCAACCGGUCGUAUGAUUAUACUGGACUUACAGUCUGAACUCAGUCCACAUUACGAAGAACUGGAUUCAUAUUUUGGUCAGCCAUUUAUUUGGUGCAUGCUGCAUAAUUUUGGUGGCACCCUGGGUCUCUAUGGUGCUAUUGAAAAUGUUAACCGUGGUGUUUUUCAAGGGAGAAGUAUGGCUAACAGUACGAUGGUUGGAACAGGACUUACCCCUGAAGGCAUAAAUCAGAAUUAUGUUAUGUAUGACUUCAUGAAUGAAAUGUCUUGGAGAGAAGAACCGGCUGAUUUGAAAGAAUGGUUUUCUCAGUAUGCAACUAGACGCUAUGGUGCUUACAAUGAAAACGCUGAUGAAGCUUGGCAGCUGCUAAAGGGAUCGGUGUAUAACUGCACAACAGGUUACGAUAUGCAUGGACAAAGCAUCAUCUCCAUCUCACCAUCAUUUCUCUUGAGUGAGCCUGUAUGGUACAACAUUUCCGAGGUUGUUCUAGCAUGGGAUAAACUACUCUUAGCAUCAGAGGAAUUUAAUAACUCUUCAUGUUACAAGCAUGAUGUUGUUGAUGUCACUAGACAGUACCUACAAGUGCUGGGAAGUGGAUUAUACAGACGCUUCAUGAAUGCGUAUUUUAGUGAUGAUGUACAAGAAUUUCAGAAAAAUGCUGAAGAUUUCCUCAGUUUGCUGGGUGAUUUGGACACACUGUUGGGUUCCAGUGAGGCAUUUCUUUUGGGAGCAUGGCUAAAAAGUGCCAAGGCUUUAGCCACAACACCGCUGGAGGAGUCUCUGUAUGAAUACAAUGCACGCAACCAGAUAACUCUUUGGGGACCUAAUGGAGAAAUAAGUGAUUAUGCUACCAAGCAGUGGUCAGGGAUUGUCUCUCAUUACUACGCACCGAGAUGGCAAUUUUUUAUAGAAGCUCUCAAUGAUACCCUUUUAAACAAUGUAACAUUUAAUAUGACAACAUUUAGGGAAGAUCUUUUCAGCCAAAUUGAAGAGCCAUUUACAUUAGAUACUUCAGAAUUCCCCGACACACCACAAGGUGACAGCAUUGCCCUAGCAAGACAGAUUCAUGCACGCUGGCGGAACAGAGCACGAGUUCUAAAAAAGUUGCAGAACAGAAAAAAGUCAAACCAUAAUCUGGAAAAAGAAUCCAAGGAGCCCGAGAAGUAUCUGAAAUGGUUCAGCAAUAUAUGGACAGGCUUCUGGAGAGAAUUAUUCCAGUCAUUGACUUCAAUGCUGCGAUUCCGUGAAACAGAUAAAUAACAAAUCGAAGAAUAACUUGAUAAAAAACUUUGCUGUACACUGCAGCUGAGAAGUCAGCUACCAGUUGACAGUAAUUUUAUAAUGACAACAUGUUACUGUGCAUCAAAUAUGAUUCAAUUUUCUUGCAUUUCUAUUAUGAAUAAUGUUAUAUACAGUAUGAAGCAUUAAUUAGUCUGUGCAGCAUUGCAUUAUAUUUUUUACUAAAAAUAUUGUGUGUUUAGAGAACCAGAAUUUUUGUGCCAGUGAUGUAGCAGUUAACAUGUUUGUUUUUAUUUGACAAUGGGAUCUUUGAUAGUUUUCUAGAGGUAGCACUAAUAAUUGGCAAAGAACAAACUUUAUUCAUUUAUGCAGUUGUUGUUAAUAAAAGAAAAGUAAGCAUAAUUGCUAGCUUAAUUAAACAUUUGAAAAGUAA